GCCAUCAGCCACAGUGGGCGGUGCUGGCGGCGGCUGGGUGUGGCUAGCGGGAGAGGGAGUGACGCUGCGUGCUGUGGUUCCGCCCGCUGUCCGUGCUCUGCUGCGGGAUACGGUGCAGGGGAUUGAGGCGACCGGAAGGCGAAUCCGUUCUGUGGUUCAUAUUCACAAUGUCCGGAGAUUUCUCGUAGUCAUUGCACAUUGGGGUUCACCUGCUUCGUUAUAAGCGGAUUGAGGGGAAAACUUUCAGGUGACAUAAAUCCUGCACGACAGAUUGGCCAGCAGGUUUCCUACGGCUGACUCUCUUGCCUUGUGGCUACGGAUCUGUGUUCUCCCUUGUGCUCCGAUCGUCUUCAGCCAUGCCAGCUUUAUCGACUGGAGCUGGUAGUGACACAGGUCUAUAUGAGCUCUUGGCUACGCUGCCGGCCCAGCUGCAGCCACAUGUGGACAGCCAGGAAGACCUGACCUUCCUCUGGGAUAUGUUUGGUGAAAAAAGUCUCCAUUCACUGGUGAAGAUACAUGAAAAGUUGCAUUACUAUGAGAAAGAGAACCCACAGCCAAUCAUACACACUGCUACAGCCCUGGCGGAUGAUCUGGCUGAGGAACUGCAGAGCAAGCCGCUGAACAGCGAGAUCAGAGAAUUGUUGAAGCUGCUGUCAAAACCAAAUCUCAAGGCCUUACUCACAGUACAUGACACGGUGGCUCAGAAAAGCUAUGACCCAGUGCUCCCUCCCAUGCCAGAUGACAUUGAUGAUGAUGAAGACUCAGUGAAAAUUAUCCGGCUAGUUAAAAACAGAGAGCCGCUGGGUGCAACAAUUAAGAAAGAUGAGAGUACAGGAGCUAUUGUUGUGGCCAGGAUAAUGCGAGGAGGAGCAGCUGACAGAAGCGGUCUCAUCCAUGUUGGUGAUGAGCUGAGGGAGGUCAAUGGGAUAAGUGUGGAGGAUAAGAAACCAGAAGAAAUCAUACAUAUCUUGGCACAAUCCCAAGGUGCAAUUACAUUUAAAUUAAUACCUAGUAUCAAAGAUGAAUCACCGAACAAUGACGGCAAGAUGUUUGUUAAAGCCCUCUUUGAUUACUAUCCUAAUGAGGAUAAAGCUAUUCCUUGUAAAGAAGCCGGGCUUUCAUUCAGAAAGGGAGAUAUACUUCAGAUCAUGAGCCAGGAUGAUGCAACUUGGUGGCAGGCCAAACACGAAGGUGAUGCCAAUCCCAGAGCAGGAUUGAUCCCUUCAAAACAAUUCCAGGAGAGGAGAUUUGCACUAAAAAAACCUGUGGUGCUGACCCAACCCCUAAAAGCUCCCAACAGAAAAUCAUCCGGGUUUAGAAGAAGUUUUCGUCUCAGCAGGAAGGAUAGAAAAACAAAUAAAUUCAUGUAUGAAUGUAAGAAGAGCGACCAAUACGAUACAGCAGAUGUUCCGACCUUUGAAGAGGUGGCAUUGUAUCAACGGCAGCCUAAUGAAAAAUACAGGCUGAUAGUCUUAGUUGGACCUGUGGGUGUUGGUUUGAACGAGCUGAAGAGGAAGGUGCUGAUCAGCGAUACCCAGCACUAUGGAGUGACCGUACCACAUACAACCAGAGGGAAAAGGAACCAGGAGUGCGACGGUGUGGAAUACAUUUUUAUCUCUAAACACUUGUUUGAAACAGACAUACACAAUAACAAGUUUAUUGAGUACGGCGAGUAUAAAACCAAUUACUACGGCACAAGCAUAGACUCCGUGCACUCUGUCCUGGCAAAGAAUAAAAUUUGCUUACUGGAUAUACAGCCUCACAGCAUAAAACACUUAAGGACAUAUGAAUUUAAGCCAUUUGUCAUAUUCAUUAAGCCUCCGUCUAUUGAACGCUUGAGAGAGACGAGGAAGAACUCCAAAGUUAUCUCCAGCAAAGACGAGCGAGGAUCAUCCAAACACUUUACAGAAGAAGACUUUGAAGAAAUGAUUAGAUCAGCACAAGUCAUGGAACUGCACUACGGCCACUUCUUUGACAAAAUUAUUGUGAAUGAUGACCUCACCACAGCAUACAAUGAACUGAAGUCCACCCUUGACAGGCUGGAGACAGAUAGCUGCUGGGUACCUGUGAGCUGGCUCCAUUCCUGAACCCCAUGGCACAAAACACAAAUAGUUUUUAUUUUAUGUUAUUUUUUUAUUAUAUGAAUAAUAUACAUGUGUACCAUAGUGGGCUUUCUCAUCCGCUCUGGUGGAAUUAUUUUAAAGUGUAAUUUUAUUUUUCCUGAGAGACUUCUUAAAGCAUUGCAGAAAUAAAACAAACUUGUUUUUUAAUGUAAAGAGUAUGUGAAGCCCGAAUCAAGCAGUAAGUGGACGUGGAGAGGUCUGUAUGUUGUGUUCGCAUCAGUGCAGUAAUACUGUUUGCUCUAAUCCCUACAGAUUCAAUUUAUAGUAUGGGAAGUGUAAUGCAGCUUGGACCUACUGUAGUGACUUCACUGAGGUACUUCGUGCCUCGUUCUUCCUGCUGGUCUAAUACUGUAGGCUGACUAUUGGUUCAGUCCAGAUAAUGUCUGCAAUACAUGUGCUGGCAACAAGUAGUUGGAUCAUCUAGUAGGCACACCAGGCUCCUGCCUAGUGCUGGUUAGGCAUUGGGGGUCCAGCUUGCCCUAACCCAUUUUUAUGUUUUGGGGCAUUUAUAUUUUUCUUUUUUUUGGCAAAUGGAGGUGGGAAGGGAGCCCAAACCAGAAUGUGCCCAAGGGCCCCAUGGAGUCUUAAUCUGGCAACAAGUACACCUGUAAGGAUCCACUUAUGGCUAGUUGGUAUUAGGUCUAUGCUUGAAGGAACUUCAGUGUCUUUUUUUUAUAGUGAACUGAGUAUUUAAGCUUUUUAGGUGCCAGAAGGGUUAAAUGUGCUAAUACUUACUUAGAUAUACAAUAAUGAUUAGGUCAAACAUGUUAUUUGUCAAAGAUACUUGGAGAACAAUGAUGGAUCCCCUUAGCAGCCAAUAAGGUAAUACUAGGGUUUUAUACACUGGAAAACAAAAGCUGUUUUGAAGAUGGGCCUGUACAUGUGCUGUAUGUGAGAAUGAGCCUUGCUGGUACAAUGCUUUCUGAAACAUGAAUGCAUGUAUAGCCGCUAGUACAAAACAAAAUUACUUGUAAGAUAACCUAUACUACUUAGAAAUCCUGAUCACUGAUGGAUUGAAAAUGUGUGCUCAGAUGCAGGGAUUAAUGAUUUGUUUUUGUUUUGAAAUAUUUGAAUGAAGGUUUUUACUCACAUUUUCUUUUGUGGAUUGAAUUGGGUGAGGGGGAGAUUUAUCAAAUCUUGGAAAGUGAUAAAGUGGAGAAGUUGCUCAUAUUAACCAAUCCGUUUCCAAUUAUAUUUUUUCUAGCACAGUCUUUAAAAAAAAUUAGAAGCUGAUUGGCUAGAACCUUAUAGCUUUCCACUUUGUGUCACCAAGGUUUUACAAAAUCUCCACCUUCAUUUUGUCUAAUUCAUAGACCUCCUUUGUCAGCAUAGUGCAGUUUCUACUGCAGCAUAUUCCAUGCUGACUGCCAAUUAUUUUUUUUGUGGUAAGCAACUUUUUAAUUCUUGCCCUUUAGGGGUCAAUGUAGUUGCCUCACACGUCAAGUUUUUGUGCAAAUUACAGUCAUGCUAAAAUCACAGAUUUGUGCUUACACUUCCUAGUGUGAUAUUUUUUCUUUAUAAUUUCUGUAUUUUCAAGUUUCCAUAGAGAACAAAAGAUUCAAGUUUUUUUUACAGAACAAAAGAUCAUGAAUAUUUCAUUUUAUCACAUGAACAUUACAUACAGUAUACAGGAAGCGCAAACAACGUGCAAGGCUACUAAAGAAACUGCCGUCUUGAAUUCCCUAGGAGGCAAAUUCAGUUGUUACCUGUAUGACUUUACUUGCCCCCCCCCCCCUCCUCCACCCCCACCUGCUUAUCUGUUACCUACUUGGCUGUUGUAUAGCAAACCGAUGACAAAUUCCUAGUAUACGCAAGUAUACCUGGCCAAUAAAGCUGAUUCUAAUUCUAAUCUUCAUUGCACUAAACCACAGGUUCUCAAACUCUGUUCAUGUUUUGCAGGUCACCCAUAGAUUUUUAAAAUGUGGCAGUUGGUCAUACACAGUGCACCUGCUGGGUGACAUGGAAAACAUGAACCGUGUGGGGUCCUGAGGACCGAGUUUGAGAACCACUGCACUAAACUAAUCUAGAACUGGACUCAAGCCCUUUAAAUCCCGUAAAGGUGCUCUGUUUUUAGUUACUAGGAAAAACAUUAUUGUAUCUUUUUGUACACACUGGUCACUGGAACUUGGGCACACCACUUAGAAGGACGGUUCUGUUAAUGUUACAGAUGCUAGCUAACAUUCUCACUGCCACAAAGAGUAAUGUACAACCUUAGCACAAUUACAAAUAGCACUUUGUAUAACACUAUACAUUGGGGGGGUUUCUGGCCGUGUUCAGCUUUAAUCACACUUUAGUGUUUGUCAUAUUGGUUAAUCUUUCAAUUUAGGCUUAUUGAACUGGUUUCUAGUGGAUCCUUCACCUACUAAUAGUUGAGAAAGCCAUUUUAUGUGUAAACUAACAUUCUACCUGCCAUUUCACUAUGUGACAUCUCUCAGACGUGUCAAAUAGUAAUGUCACUAAGUCAGGAAGCAGUGAAAAGUGUGCCAGUGGAGAACCAAUCAGCAUUGAAGUAACAUUUAUAAUUUGCAUACUAUGGGGUAUAUUCAAAUAAAGUCGGAUCCAUUCCAACAUGCAUUUGUCGGAAUGGAUCCGUCAAGACCUAUUCAAUAAACGGCCUAAUCCUGUCGGAUUUGGCCAUUCCCGACCAUCUCAAUCCGACUUUAAAAAAAGUCAUAUUGAGGAGAUGAGUGAGCUGAGAGGAGAGACGGGGGAGAGCAAGAACCCAGCGGCUGCAGCAGCGUAGCAAGAGGAUGGGGCAC